GUUUCGGUGCUGCAGGAUACAGUAACUACCUCGUCUCUGACAGUGCCGAUGUGCAGAGCGCCUCUUGAGGACUAGUCAUGCUGUCUGCGGUGCUAGCGGUGGUAGUGGCCUGUGUGGCGGGAAUACACGGACAGGGAUACAGAUCAUCCAGAGACUCAUCCCCUCCACCAGUGCUAGUAGCCUCGUCUACCCCCUCCACCACGACCGAGCUUCCCCCCACCCCCGUGCCGCCUAGCAUAGACGUAGGCGCCAUCAGGGACGCUAUGGCCAUCAGCUACUACCCCAGCAGAAGAGAACAGCCUGCUAAACUGGACGAUGAUACAGUGAGGCUACCAGGAGGUACAGCUACCAAGCCAACCAAAUACCACUACUAUCCUCACAACCAACACAUCUACCUGCUACCAGAGUGUGCUGUACAACAGGUGUGUAACGCAGUUUACGUAAGGCUCAACUACACACAGCCGCUGUGUGCCUGCCCUUCACGAUAUAGAGAACCUUGUUCAGCCAGUCUCAACUCUGACGAUCUACACACCACAGAGUUGACUAUGGACCCCAAGGGAAAGAUCCUGACUCUAGUCAAGACAUGUGAGCCAGUAGCUGAUAUGAGGAUGUGUCGGGUGCCUCGAGACUGGAGUCUGCUGGCUCUACAGAACAUUCGGACAGGAAAGUCACACUAUCUCGUUAUCUGUCGGUGUCCUGACACCAGCGUACUUGAGGGCCCCAUGAGUCAUGAUCAGCCCACCUAUGCCAGUGUGCCGGGGAUACGAGUGUAUGGAAUGAUGUGUGUCAACAAAGCCAGCAACUCUACCAAGCGGAGAGGUCGACCCAUGCGCUACACCAGGAGUCUGAGGAUCAGAGGUCCAAAACCACCAUUUCCUUGGGAUAAGGUGUCUGAAAUGAUGAAGACACUACCCUUAGACUGAGCCUUCCAUGUGAUAAGGACUGCAGAGCCUAAACACCUUGUGUGAUAACAACGGGACAGACAAUAGUUUGAUUGUCACUUUAAUAAAGUGCAUGAAUUUAACUGCCAGUUUUCCAUUAAAACAAGUAUUAUAUGUAUCAGAAGAAAAGCUUCAUUAGGCUAUAAUAUGUUGUAGAAAAUGUAUUGAUCACAUUUUGUAAAAGCUGCCCUUAAUGUUAGUGAGGUUAUAUAAUUACAAUAAUUAAAAACUCAACAAAACUUUUCCUUUAGCUACCGUACUCUAAGUUGUCUUGUUAUAUUGCCAACAAAAAAUGUUCUGUUCAAGUUCUG